CCGAGCCCCAUCCCCAGCCCAGUGUUGGGAGGGAAGCCCAACGCCAGUCAGUCUCUGUUGGCCUGGUGUCGCGAGGUGACCAAGAACUACCGCGGCGUCAAGAUCACCAACUUCACCACGUCCUGGAGGAACGGCCUGGCCUUCUGCGCCCUGCUCCACCACUUCAGGCCAGCCUCUCUAGACUACAAGUCGCUCAAUCCUCAGGACAUUAAAGAAAACAACAAGAAGGCCUACGAUGGCUUUGCCAGCCUGGGCAUCUCGCGGCUGCUGGAGCCCUCGGACAUGGUGCUGCUGGCUAUCCCGGACAAGCUGACGGUGAUGACCUACCUGUACCAGAUCCGGGCCCACUUCAGCGGCGAGGAGCUCAACGUGGUGCAGAUCGAGGCCAACAGCAGCCGCAGCACCUACAAGGUGGGCGACUUCGAGACCGACACCAACAGCUCCAUCGACCAGGAGAAGUUCUACGCCGAGCUGCACGGGGUGACCCACGACGAUCAGCAGCCCACCGCCGAGACCAACGGGGCGGGCAAGGGGCAUGGGGAGGAGGCAGAGGCGAUGGAGGAGGAGGAGGUGUCUGCGACCUCCGCCGUGCCAGCCAGGGUGCUCUCCAGCAACCCGGCCUCCUCCUUGGCCAUGCCCGCCGCUGCCGAGCGUCCGACCCACCCGAGGACGGCGGCCGUCUCCGGCGCAGACGCUAGCGGCGCCAGCCGACCCUCGCCAGAGCCGCGGCAGCAGCUGCUGAAGGCCGACACGCUGGACAUGGGCGACCUGCCCCAGAGGGUGGAGAGGCGGCAGCACGAGGCCAGCGACGGCGGCCCCUCAGACAGGGACGCAGACAAGGGGCCGCCGCAGUGGCCCGCCGAGCCCAACAGAGGGGCCCCUGAGCAGAGCUCCCCGAGACACCAGCUGGGGCCCUCACAGCCCCACAAGCUGGGCUUCACCUACAACCGCGACGCCGACCUCAUCAAGAAGAAGAGGGCCAGUCUGAGGCACUCGGAGUCGGACACCACGUCGGAGAGCAGCGCGCCGUCCCCCAGAACCACACCGACACCCCCGCCGCCAGGCCAACACUCACACAGGAGGCUGCACCUGUCCCAUCUCCCAGCCCCCCUGAGGAGAAGGUUUUGUCCUGUUUUUACUGCAGCUCUUUCUCAUUCUCGUUCUCGUUCCACCCCAUGCUGCUCUGCCCUCCUCUGCCCACAGAAGGUGCUGUCUCGGCAGGAGGAGCUGAAAGAGAGGGCCAGGCUGCUGUUGGAGCAGGCCCGACGAGAUGCUGCCAUGAAGGCCUGCAGCAAGCACGCCGCCCAGACCACUCCUGCACGGACGCCGCAGAUCACAGAC